GGCGCCUGACAGAUGGAGUUGGUUUGACUCGGAGUCUGAGCUCGAGGAAUUUAGGAAGAAGAGAAAGAAAGUCAAGGGUUUUUAUAUCUGCAAUGAAAACUGAACAAAAUGGAGAAAACUCAACGAACUCGCAGAGUGAAAUGCUGAUCAACCAGCUGAGGGAGAUCACUGGCAUCCAGGACCCACAGACUCUCUACAGAGCCUUGAAUGCCAGUCAGGGUGACAUUGGACAUGCUGUUGGACUGCUAACAACCCAGCCUGCAGAGGUUCAGGAUUCUGGACAAACUCCAGAGUUGGAGACUUCUGGUGAAGACUGGGAGGGCCAAAAAGGAAUUUGUAAAGAUGAACUGCAGACUGCCAUUGAACUCAGCCUCCAAGAGUCCCACAAUGCCCAGGAGGAGGAGAGAGAAUUCCAUAGGGCUCUAGAGGCCAGUGCAGAGGAGAAUGCGGCAAUAAUAAAGAGGAAGAGAUGUGAAGCCCAGAGUGAGAUGUGCAGCCCUGCAGACUGGGUCCGUCAAGGCGAGUGGCCUGUGGGCAUUCGCAAUGUGGGAAACACCUGCUGGUUCAGUGCUGUCAUCCAGUCAUUGUUCCACCUGCCUGUGUUCAGGAGGCUGGUUGUCAAUUACCAUCUGUCUGAGCGAAUACUGGAGAAGUGUAAGAGCCAUUCGGACAAGAGGAACAUAGCUUUCAUGCAGGAGCUGCGCUGUCUGUUUGCCCUCAUGGUGGGCUCCAUCCGCAGGUUUGUGGAUCCUUCUGCUGCAGUGGAGUUAUUGCGAGAAGCCUUCAGGACCAGUGAAGCCCAGCAGGAUGUAAGUGAGUUUUCCCACAAACUGCUUGACUGGUUAGAGGAUGCAUUUCAGUUGGCUGCCAAUGGGAAUAACACAGAAGACAAACAACAAAAUCCCAUGGUUCAGCUUUUCUAUGGUACUUUUGUAACAGAAAGAAGACAUGAAGGGAAGACAUUAUGCAGAAUUGAGCAGUUUGGCCAGUAUCCCCUGCAAGUCAACGGCUUCAACAACCUGGAUGAAUGCCUUGAAGGUGCAAUGGUCGAGAAGGAGAUUGAAUCAGUACAUUCAGAUCACAUUGUUACAUCUGGCCGUGAGAGAUGGUUCAAAAAGUUACCUCCAGUCUUGACAUUUGAACUGUCUAGAUUUGAAUUCAACACCCAGCUUGGUCGUCCUGAGAAGAUACACAAGAAACUUGAGUUUCCACAAAUCAUUUAUAUGGACAGGUAUCUUCAAAAAAACAUAGAGCAGACCCAUGAAAGGAGAGGAGAAGUGAAAAAACUAAAAGAGCAACUUGCUGUUCUUCAACAGAAACUUGAGAGCUACAAAAACUAUGGCUCUGGACCCAUCAAGUAUCCCCUGGCAGACAUGCUACAGUUUGUGCUAGAGUUUGCUACCACCAAGCCUACAACUGUUUCCCCAGCUGAAGACCUGAGACCAGCUGCAUCUUCACCAACUCCGGCAAGCCACUCCCCCAGUGAAUCCGUCUCUAAAGACAACAGUGAACCUGGAGACACAGCUUCAUCUGAUGGACCUGUUUCCAGUGUUUCAAGUUGCCAGAGGACCCCCAUAUACAAGCCCUUCACCCAGUGCAGACACCCUGUUGACUGCCCACCACACCCAGCCCCACACAGCAUCACAGAAGAAGAGCUUCACUUUGUUAAGGCCUGCCUACAACGCUGGAGGACCGAAGUAGAGAAUGACAUAAAUGAGCUGAAGGCUAGCAUUGACAGGCUCACUCAGGUGCUUGAAGGCAUGUAUUCAGACAACAGUCUCUGCCAGGUACCCUACAGACUCCAUGCAGUACUUGUUCAUGAGGGUCAGGCAUCAGCGGGUCAUUACUGGGCCUACAUAUAUGACCACGCCAACAAGCGCUGGAUGAAGUAUAACGAUAUCAGCAUCACGGAAUCAUCAUGGGAGGAGCUGGAGCGAGACUCAUUCGGGGGCGUGACCAACGCCAGUGCCUACUGCCUCAUGUACAUCGAUGACCGGCUACCCCACCUUAUUACAGAAGACACAGAUGAUGAGACAGGCCAGGUACUGCAUGGCAUGGACUCUCUGCCACCCCUUCUCAGGCGCUAUGUCCAAGAAGAUAAUCGCUGGUUCCAGCAGGAGCUUCGUGAAUGGGAGGAGCAGUUCUGCCAGACAGCAACCCCACAGGGAGAAUCUUCAGCUUCUGCAGAGCCCACAGACCUCAGUCCAGACAAUAUACAGCAAACUCCUGUUGAGCCAGCACCCCAGUCAGGGCCCACCACUGAAGAGCUGGAGGAGGGAGCUGCUUCAGAGCUGCGAGAGCCAGAUCCAGAAACAGAGAAAGAUCCAGAGCCCAAUUCCAGAGAGGUGUCUGGAGAAGAAUCAGAGUUAACGGCACCACCACCACAGAGUCCUGGCAGUCAGCCAGACAACAGCAACAGUUCAGCAGUCACUGACACCCUGGGAGCGAGCCAGAGCUCCACAUCAGCUGAGAAGGAGCUGCAGAGUCAGAUUCCUGUCCCUGAAGCAGAGCUUAGUAACCAGGCACCAUUAGACCUCCAUGUGGAUAAGGAUGAAACAGAGGUGGCAGGCAUUGGCUCUGAGGCUGAGGGAGAGUCGGAGGCUUCCAAAGAAGCUCCUCAACAUGAAGCAAAGCAGGAAAAUGUGGAGCAGCAGCAGGAGAUCACGGUUAGACAGCGACAGGUUGAGAACGAGGUCUCGGAAGUAGAGAUCCCAAACGUAGGCAGGAUCAUGGUGAGGGCUGAUGCUGAUGGAUACAAUGAAGAGAUGAUGCUGACUCCAGCUAUGCAGGGCGUCAUUCUAGCUAUAGCCAAGGCCCGGCAAACCUUUGACAAGGAGGGUCCUGAGGCUGGCCUCAUCAAGGCCUUCCAUGAGGAGUAUUCCCGGUUGUAUGAGCUCUCCCAGGAGGAGACCACACCCCAGGAGGAUGCUCGUCUACAACAUGCUCUGGUUUACUUCUUCCAGAACAAAGCCUCCAAGCGCAUUAUUGAGAGGACGCUGCUGGAACAGUUCACUGACCGCAACCUGAGCUUUGAUGAGAGGGCCAUCAGUAUCAUGAGGGAAGCCAGAGCCAAGCUGCGCCUCAUCAAGCCUGAAGACAUGGACAUGGAUGAAUACUUGCAGUGGCAUGAUGACUACAGGUUGUUCAGGACAGUGUUUGUCUACCUGCUGACUGGGCUGGAGCACUACCAGCAUGGCAAGAUGCGUGAGGCACUGAUCUACCUGACUCAUGCAUACGAGACCAACACCACCCUGCUGAAGAACGGCGAGAAACGUGGAGUGGACAAGUCUCUCAUUGCAGUUUACAGGAGGAAAUGCCUCACUGCACUGAAUGAAAGUGCAUCGCAGCUGUUUUGCAGCGGUGAAGAGAGCAAAGUGGAGGAGGGCGUCGCCAUCAUGGAUGAGGCCGUCAUCCCCUGCCUUCACCUGAUGAGUCGUGACUUGGCUUUAUCGCAGGAAGACCGGGAUGCCAUGGAGGGCACCCCCAGCCACUGGUGCUGCUGCCUGAGCCAGGACAUGGAUGACUCAUUACAGAUAAAGUUGGGAGAGUUUCUGCCCAGGGUUCUGGAUGGAUCGACUGAGACAGUAGUGCUUAAAGACCCUCCCAAAGUCCAUGUCAACCAGGCCCACGACCUGUGCAGUCGCCUGGCUGCUGUCAUGGAGUCUAUUCACAACACCUCGAUAGUCACUGUUAAGUAAAAUCCUACCAACAGUCUCCUUGAACUGUGCAUCCUACCUUCAAGCAGCUUAGCUGAUGGAUUCUUCUGUGCUGACAAGCUGUGGGGUUGACACAGAAUGCAGUUUUGAACAUGCCAAAUUAUGUAUUUCAUUCUCUGGUUUGGCAUCAUACAUGUAUAUUAUUUUGAUGUUUUAAAACCGUUCUAAGCACUUAGUAGGUGUAGAUAGGGAAAGGACAUGGCUGUCACCACAUGCCUUCAUGCUCAUUAUGAAAGCAUUAGCUCAUCAAUAAAUUUUAACCCAAAGCCCUUUGCUAAAGUCUUCAACAGGCUUUACAACUCUCAGAAUAAUCAAAUUACAUCCUCAGUGUCCUUCUCAACAGCUUUCCUAAAUAAUUUCUGCCUGCCCACCCACUACCACCACCAGCAGCAACCCCCAUCUGCUAAUAAAUACUAACAGUACUUAAAAAUCUUAUUGGCCCUAAAACAGCAGCAGAUUAUGCAAAAGAGCACCAAAACCCACUGUAUUUUAGAAGACUUCAAAGAUGUUCUUUUACUAUCCACUUUAAUCAGUGCUACUUACCCCGAGACAAGUCUGAUACUACACAAGACUGAGUUUAUUCCUAAAAUGACUACUGCAAAGGCUGCAAAGGUUUUUAGUUAGCUCUCACCAGCCUAUUUUCUGUGUUGCACUCACCAGCCAAACAGGUAUUCAUUAAACCAACCUAAUGAACAUGAAACCACAGUAAAUGGCAUCAAUAGAACACUGAAGUGUUACAUUUUUAUCGGUACUCUGAAGAGUGUAUAUAUGGGCACGUUUUACUGACUGGAUAACUUGUUCACUUUAAAUACUAGUAACAACUGGACUGUCACUUAACUCUGCAGGGGCUGACUGGAUUGGUAAGAUUUGUGGAUUGUGUUGCUAAGUGGUUUGAAUGCACAGUGGGGCCUUUAUACAGGGCUGAAAAAAAAACUAGAUUUUUACUGCACAGUAAUAAAUGUUGUUUAUUAGCUUUUUAAAAAAAUAUAUGUUUUAUAUUACUUUGUAUUUUUCCAAAACAACCUCUGGAAAUUUUUACAUGUAGGUGAAGCUAGAAAGAACUAUAUCUACAGUGGAAUUAUACAUAAAAUAUUGAUGUCCAGCUUUUAGAAAGAGCUACUGCACACUCACACUUACAGAUCUCGGUAAAUCUGUGCACUGUGUCUAAUAGUGAGUCAGUAAUUCUGUUUUGUAUAAAGGUUUACUUUAAACCAGGGGCGGCCAAUUCCAGUCAAGAUACCAAUUUACUUUAUCUUUCCUCACUCCGCUUUCAUCUAAGAUGGUAUCUUCCAGCUUCUGACUAGCUGAACACACC